AUGGAGAUUCCAUCAACACAUUGGACUCCGACAUCUUGGAAAUCAAAAGACGUCCACCAAGACGUUCUAUAUCAAGCAUCUGAUGCUCCACGAGUAGAGAAGGUGCUUGAUCAGAUCUCCCAUCUCCCACCUAUCGUGGUUCGCGAAGAAAUUGGUCGACUUCGAAACUUGUUGGCUGAAGUCAGUGAUGGGAAACGCUUCUUGCUUCAAGGAGGUGACUGUGCUGAAUUGUUUGCUUAUUGUGACUCGAAUAUCAUUGAGAGGAAGUUGCGUGUCUUGUUACAAAUGUCUCUGAUUCUGGUCUGGGGAGGUCGAACUCCUGUCGUCCGAAUUGGACGUAUCGCAGGUCAAUACGCAAAACCAAGAUCGAAACCAACUGAAAUCGUUAAUGGAAAGGAACACAUCGCAUGGAGAGGUGAUAACGUGAAUGGAGUGGAUCUAGACGAACGCAAUCCAGAUCCAGAAAGACUUUUACAAGCCUAUUUCCACUCUGCCGCUACAACAAACUAUAUCCGAGCCUUAUGCGUGAAUGGAUUUGCUGAUUUAAAUCAUCAGCAGUCGUUUAAUCUGGGGUUUGUCAAGAAUGAGCAUCUUAAGAAGGAGUAUUCUAAAGUCGUGGAUCACAUGAACGAUUCGUUGCACUUUAUGAAAACGAUUGGAACGGAAUCUGCAGAAUCUAAAACAGUGGACUUUUUUACGUCACAUGAAGGCCUUAUGCUGGAUUAUGAGUCAGUUCUCACUCGAGAAUAUAACCAACAACAUUAUAAUGUUGGAGCGCAUUUUCUCUGGAUUGGUGACAGAACACGACAACUGACUGGUGCGCAUGUUGAGUAUUUCAGAGGCAUACACAAUCCAAUCGGUGUCAAAGUUGGACCAUCUAUGAAACCACAUGAGCUUGUCGAACUGCUUGAUAUACUGGAUUCGAAUUUCGAGAAAGGCAAAAUCACACUCAUAACACGAUAUGGUGUUGAUAAAAUUAGUGAUUACUUGCCAUUGCAUAUUGAAGCUGUGAAGCAAACCAAACAUCAGGUCGUCUGGUGCUGUGACCCGAUGCAUGGAAACACAGAGCAGUCUGGAAAGUUCAAGACUCGACACUUUCACAAAAUACAAGGAGAACUAUCAAAGGCCUUUGUAAUCCACAAACAAAAUGGAUCUCAUCUCGGUGGUGUACACUUAGAACUCACAGGAGAUGAGGCUGUGACUGAGUGUGUUGGUGGAUCUAUGGAUGUAUUGGAGGCAGAUCUAGCGACGAAUUACGCAACAUUUUGUGAUCCAAGGUUGAAUUAUGAGCAGUCGCUUGAUAUCGCGUUUCUGAUAAGUAAGACGUUAGAAGAACGACGUAAAUAA